CCAAACAACACAUUUUUUCUGGUUUUGGUUCGUGUCAGCGAGAUGACGACGACCCACGAGAUUUUGGCGGAAUUGUUUUUAUUUACAACGACCAGGAGGUUAAACUAUACACGCCUGUUGAUUCAAUGAUUUACUCAACGAACCUCAGGGGUGUCUUUGCUUAUACUGGUGGUCCUUCAUUUGCCGGACCCUUUCAAGGAUACUACCCAAACGCUGACGUCAGAGUAAGAGUAUGGAGAAUGUGUGAUUUCCCCCCAGCUAACUUCACAUCUGCUGGGGAAUACACAGUAUCAACAUCAGAUGCCAGUAUAACCAGUAUACCUCACCAUAUUGGAUAUUAUCCAGACUUCGUUGUUGUACAACUAAAGCUCUCAAAUGGAUACAUAUCCGAGGCUCAGGUGGGCGUUUUCUGUGUGUCUGAUGGAUGGGGAGGGAACGAAUUCUAUACUGCUGCCACGGUGUACAUUCAAGCCUGGAAAUUCCCGCCAUCGGACAUUCUAUUCAGUCAAACUGACACCAGAGGUCCGGGUAUAAUGGUACCUAGUACCCUAUUGAUGCCACAGCCUUUCAGUAUAGAGACCAAUAUAUUCCUUGUACAGUCCCAGGCAUUAGAGGGCAAUAACGCGAACUAUCUGUUUGAGGCAGCAGGCUCAGCGCUCAGUGACGGCUCAACUUUUUUCGGGAGGAUAGGCGCUGUGGUCUAUGCUUACAACUCGGAAGAAUUUAAUCUUUGGUACCCAGGCACGGGAGAUUUCCUGAUAUAUGUCGGUGGAACAUGGGGAAAGGGAGAUAUGUCACAAAGUUCUUCUACAGCUAGUGUGAAAGUAAAGGUCAUUAAAACCGACUCUCCCUUACCGGGUUGCGGCUGUGCUGUAUGUACUUCAGACUGGAAUACACUGACAACGACUUGCGACUGUCAGACGUUGUCUUGUCCAGUUCCAAAUGACAUUCUAAACUCCUACAAACUCUUCGACGGACAGACGACUAAUAGCAGCACCUUAUAUUCCUGUCAGCUUGGUUUCCAGUCCAACAAAGCUCCGAGUUUGAUAACAUGUAACGGUACACAUUGGGAAACCACGGACUUCGACUGUGCAGUGGCUGGUCCAUGCAUCACUUCUACCACAGUGGUAUACAACAUCACAACUGUCCAACAGAGAAUCCAGGAACUGAGAAAUAAUCUAACUGUAGACACUAAAAACACCAGCUCUUAUAGAAGAUCUCUGACAUGCGCAGAUGAUUCCCGACCAAGUGCUGCUCAGAUUGGAUACUUAGGAAUAGGCAUCCUUUGUCUGACUGGAGGACUGGUUCUUUGUGCCGAUCUAACAAGCUUGGCAAAGAUACACGAAGAUGAUGAUUAGAAUAAGUGUACACUAGAAAACAAUUGCUAGCCCACCGCCAAAAAAAAAAUCACAUUUAAUUUUAAAAUAAAAACGAUGUUUACUGAAGCGUACCUAUUUCGUAGAAAACAUGAAAAUCAUGCUUAUGAAUUUUGGGGAAUUACAUUCUCGUUUUCGUAUUUGUGUUCUUUAUGCUUGAAGUAAUAAAAAAAUUCAGGAGGAUUUUUUUUGUGUUUA